AAGAUUAGAAUGAAUUACCCCAACUUUCGAACCAAAAUUUCUGCGAAGUACAAAGUCAAGAUUAUUGGGUGGCCGAUCGAUGUACCUUUAGUCUCACCACGGGAUAUCACUGAUCCUUCAAAGCUCGACACCUUGUAUGAUGCCUGGAGGUCUGGCUCAGCAUAUUGGAGUACCAUGGAUAAGCAGGAAUAUAAAAGAUUUAUACAGCAGUUGGACAACAACAAAGCAGCAGGUCUACAAAUCGAAAUUCCUCGGAAGGGCCGAAGUGACAUUGGAGGGACACAUCAAAAGGCUACGGCUAAACAUUCACGAGAAAAUGAC